UACCACAACAAGCACUAAAGUCCAUGUGAGUCAGAUCCACAAAAUUAGUUCCCCCUCUUCUCACAUUUGUCUAUAAAAACCCUUCUCACUUAUCUCUAUUUCCUUAACAAACAUAACAUUAAGGAAAAAAAAAAAUGUCUUUUUCCUUUAUCUCCCAAUUAUUCUUUUGUUUUACCGUUUUUAUCUACUUUGUAUCUUUAAGAGUUGAAUCAUGGGGCACCCCUAUUAUACCAAUCUCAUCUCUAGUAACUAAGAGCCUUUAUGAUACAAUUUUCCUACACAAAGAUGACACUGCAUGUCCUGCAAAAAACUUUUACCCUUACCAAUCCUUCAUUAAAGCUUCUAAAUAUUUCCCUCAAUUUGGUACUACAGGUUGUUUGGCCACAAGAAAACGUGAGAUAGCUGCUUUUCUUGCUCAGAUUUCACAUGAAACAACUGGUGGAUGGGAAACUGCACCUGAUGGACCAUUUUCUUGGGGAUUAUGCUUCAAAGAAGAAAUUAGUCCUCAGAGUAAUUAUUGUGAUUCUACUAAUAAAGAUUGGCCUUGUUUUGAAGAUAAAAGUUACAAAGGAAGAGGUCCUAUUCAACUUUCUUGGAAUUACAACUAUGGACCAGCAGGGAAGGCCUUAGGAUUUGAUGGGCUGAAGAAUCCAGAAAUAGUAUCAAACAAUUCAGUGAUUGCUUUCAAAACUGCUCUAUGGUUUUGGAUGACAGAGAGAAAACCAACACCUUCUUGUCACAAUGUUAUGGUUGGAAAAUAUGUGGCAACAAAAGUUGACAUAGCUGCUAAUCGCACUGCUGGUUUUGGCUUAGUAACAAACAUAAUCAAUGGUGGAUUAGAAUGUGGAAUUCCAAAUGAUGAAAGAGUUAAUGAUCGUAUUGGAUUUUUCAAAAGAUAUACCAAGCUGUUCAAUGUGGAUACUGGACCUAACUUGGAUUGUGCAUAUCAAAAAUCCUUAUAGAAAUUAGUUCUAACUUUAAUUUAAUUAAUCCUUUUAUGUAUGUUUUUUUUUUUUUUUAUAAAAAAAAACUUGGUAUCCGGCAUUAUGACGCAUACUCUAAAGACUCAAGCCAACACCACUAGACCAACCUCAAAUGUAUUUGUACGUUUUGUUUUUAUUUUUCCUUUUAAUUAACUCAAGCAAAAUUUCAAUAAUCGCUGCACUUUAUCAUUAGAAAUUUCAAUAAGAAGUUGUUUUAUUUCUUCUUGUUAUGAAGUA